ACCCUACAUACGCCGUAUCGGUUGCAUUUUUCGCUGGUUCUGCGCGUAGUUCAAUGCCACAGCAUGGUUUAUGACAUGGCCGCGAGUAUACCAUUACGUCUUACGCCCUGAGGACCAGAUGCAAUGACGGGGCCAACAGGGGACAGACCUGUGGAUGUCCGAAGUGCGAUGGCUUCCCGUCAGCGACAUUCAGUCAACCACCAUCAUCAACAGCCACAGCGGCCAGGCAGCGGCGAUGGCGAGGUUGAGGAGGAAGAGGACGAGGAAUCCGUCGACCAGAGCCUGAUCCCAUGGCCCGCCAUGGGACCUCCGUUCUUCGUCCUGCCACCGCCAUACACGGGGCUGCCUGAACUUCUCUUUCCUUUUGACCCCUUCGUCGACGACCGGGGCUACUUCUACGACCCCUACACGUAUCCACCCGACUACGGCGACUCCGUCGAUUACCAGUUACAAGACGAGUCCGUCUACCAGGAAUACCCGGACGUUCUCCGCCAGUUCGAGUACGCUCGCUACCUCCAACCCACGCCACCUUUCUGGGACUGUCCGCUGGAUCCCAGUUUCUUUCUAGACGUACCCGAAACAGAGGACUAUGUGCCAGAAGGAACGGGUGAGCCCCACACGGUUAGUUCGGCAGACAUAACAGAUGACGUGUCGAUGCACGUUAUGAGCACAGAGGGCUGCGGCGACGCCCAGAUGGACACCAUUGCUAUGGAAAGCGGAUUCUGGGGAAUGCCGGAACCGUACUACGGCCCCGUUGUAACGAACUACGGUACAAUAUCGGUAAUACUGAGGCAUUGCAUACGAGUGGAUAUCACAGUGGACCGUGCCGUGCGGGUCGUAAAUUUCCCGAGACAUUGUACAGCAGCUAUCGGCAGUUGGGGAGAUCGUAGUUGCGUCUGCCAUCCCUGUGGUCGUGUCCUUCAAGAGGGCAUCAGCGUAGACAUGGCCACGGGCAACCGGCUGGCAAAGAUCUCGUCGAGAGGUGUCACUUUCACGGCGCUCAACCACGGGCUGGUGUAUUUGGUUGACGCGUCCGGUACAAAGUCAACCACGGAACGCUUUCAGAACCUUUGCUACGACCUGCCCAUGAGCAUUUUCUACUUUAACUCGGAGCAAGGAGUAGACGCGUUCCAAGACUGCUUCCAGGCGGUAAGUCAGGCGAGGCAACGAACCACACGCUCGGGUGACGAUGUCUGGAUCAUAGCCGGAGUACGAAUCAAGCAAACUCCCUGGGGCGAUGUCCAGGUGUCCAGGGACGCUGGAAGGAGAGUCAUCUGGACAUCGCCCACAGCAGGAACGAUUUCCGUGACCACACCAUUUGUGAAGAUGGCUAUCGGUUGUGACCCCUGGAAGUACUUCUUCGUCCGCAUGGGACAGAAGAGGCUCAGUGCCAAUGUGGAAGGGUUUACCGUUCGGAACGGAAGCCAGAGGGCGGGCUUCGACAGUCGAGGCAGGUUAACGUUGCCAUAGCCGUACAAACAACGACGGAUGACAAACGGUGGUUUGUGAUCAAACUCACCGGCGGACUUGAGAUCCCAGGGAUGGAAGUGUUUUAACAGGCUGCGGUACGGCCAAUAGUGACUUUGAAGAACGCGCAUCACGGUAGGCUUUGUACAAUCCAUUGAAGGGACCGUGAAUGUCAAGCCAACGAGUACCAGGAACGAUUUUAGGACAGGAGCUUAAUAAAAACUUUUACGGUGACUACCAGGACUGUGAGCAAGUGGAGACUUUUUUUUGUAAGAUUGACCUUUUUAGUGACACUAGCACUCGUUAUUUGUAAGAACAGAUUGUGUGACCCGCAACUUUUUUGUGACAUGAUGUAUACCGAAGUGUGACUUU